CUUGCAGCUGGGGUCUCUGCACCCCAGGCAGGACAAAGUGCAGGACUUGGCGUACUGCAGGGAGGAGGCUAACAUGAAAACAACUUGCGGAGCAAUGAGGGAGAAGGAGGGGCCAAGGCAAUCUGCGCCCCCCGCCCCCCCCUGCACUUGUACUGAGCAGGUCCUGCACCCCUGACUGGGGGGACAGUCUUUGGACGUCUCAGCUGGAGAGGGCAGGGGGUACAUGAACACAGUGCAGUGAUGUCAGCGUGGUGCCCCCACCAUGGGCAAUGCGCAAGAGCGGCCCUCAGAAACGAUCGAUCGCGAGCGGAAACGCCUGGUGGAGACGCUGCAGGCCGACUCCGGGCUGCUGCUGGAUGCACUGUUGGCGCGGGGCGUGCUCACCGGGCCCGAGUACGAGGCGCUGGACGCGCUGCCGGAUGCCGAGCGCAGGGUGCGCCGCCUGCUGCUGCUGGUGCAGAGCAAGGGCGAGGCCGCCUGCCAGGAGCUGCUGCAUUGCGCCCAGCGGACCACGCGGGCGCCCGACCCCGCCUGGGACUGGCAGCACGUGGGCACCGGCUACCGGGAACGCAGCUACGACACUCCAUGCCCUGGCCACUGGACACCCGAGGCACCUGGCUUGAGGACCACUUGCCCCGAACUGCCCAGAGCUUCAGAAUGCGACGAGGCUGGGGUUCCCGGGGGCUCUGAGGCAGUGCAAUCCGGAACGCCCGGGGAACUCAAUCCGGAACUGGAAGCUGGGGCCUCUGAUGAGGCUGGGCAGGAUUUGGAACCAGAACCAGAGGCAGAGGCAGAGGCAGAACCAGAACCUGAACUGGAGCCAGAUCCCGAACCCGAGCCAGAGGCUGAGGCGGGUGACGAGGCGGAUGAUGAGUCUGAAGAUUCCUGAAUGCCUGAGCACUGACAGGCCGCCCCUGCCCAAGCCGGAUAGGACCUGGGAUCCUGCCCUGGCAUUGGGGGUGGGGGGUGGGGGGUGCCACCAAGUCUCCAUCUGACCCGGUACCACUAGAAGUGAAUAAACUCCGGAGGGUCAGCCUGG